AUGCCAAAGGGAGGAAAGGAAAAAAAACUGAGCUCUGUGCAGCUUCCCAUCAGCAAAUUCCGAAGGAAAUUAGUGGAGACUAUACAAGGCAACAAAUUUGUUGUGGUGACGGGUGAGACGGGAAGCGGGAAAACCACCCAACUUCCCCAAUAUUUAUUUGAAGAAGGGUUUGCCAGGCAUGGCACAAUCGCUGUGACGCAGCCACGGCGCAUGGCUGCCAUAUCUGUGGCCGAAAGAGUGGCAGAGGAGUUAGGCUGCCCAGUGGGAGGCCUUGUGGGAUACCAGGUUCGCUUUGAGGAAUGCAUCUCGGAGGGAACUGCGAUCAAGUAUCUGACGGAUGGGUGCUUGUUAAGGCAGAUCCUGGCGGACCCGCAUCUGACCCAAUACAGCGUCGUUAUUCUAGACGAAGCUCACGAACGGAGUCUCUGCACGGAUAUCCUCUUUGGCCUUUUGAAGCAGCUGUUCCACCAGGAAAAAGAAACCCAACGGAAGGAACCCUUGAAGGUCGUAGUGAUGUCCGCCACCUUGGACGUGGAGAAGUUCUCGGCUUUCUUUGGCCAUUGCUCAGUGGUGGAGAUUCCAGGAAGAAAAUACCUGGUGGAGGAGAUCUUCUGCGAUGCCCUGGGCCCCAGAGAUGCCAACAGCUCUGCCUUCAUCACAGAGACUGUCAAAGUGACCCUGGAUGUCCAUUUGAACGGCUCGGCUGGAGACAUCCUGGUUUUUCUGACAGGGCAGUCGGAGAUUGAAAGAGCUUGCGAGCUUCUCUUCCGGAAAGCCGAAAUGAUAGACUACCGCUUUGACGUAAGAGAUGGCGCCGUGGACGGCUUGCUUAUCUUGCCGUUGUAUGGCUGCAUGCCAACAGCAUAUUUCUUAGGGCAUGAACAGAAGCAGAAGGAAGCUGAGCUACGGCACCAGCAGCUCUCUCUACAAAUGGGAGGAAGCAAUGACUUUACUACUCUCCUGAAUAUCUUUGAGCAAUGCAAAGCAAGCGAGUCUCCAUCGGUUUGGUGCCAAGAAAACUGGGUCCACUGGAGAGCUGUGAAGCUGGCAUUCAGUGUAGAAAGGCAGCUCCGUGAAAUCAUCAACAGGCUGAAACAGCUGCCAGACUUCCUAAAGGAGGACUUUGACGGUUCCCGAAACGAGAUCCUUAGGAGGUGUCUCUGUGCAGGUUAUUUUGCCAACGUGGCCCGGAGGUCUUCAGGGAAGUCUUUUCGCACCAUGGACGGCCAUGGCAGCGUGGCCUAUAUUCAUCCGUCAUCUGCUCUCUAUGAUCAGGAAGACCAGCUGGACUGGAUCCUCUUCCAUGAUGUUGUGGUGACCUCCAAGAUUUACUUAAGGACGGUGUGUCCAAUUCGCUACGCCUGGGUGCAGGAUCUGCUUCCUCGGCUUCACCAGAUCGACGCUUACGAGCUGAGCAGCAUGGCCCGGGAGAACGUGACAGAGGAGGAAAUAGCUAAUUGGAGGAGGAAGGAAGACCUCAAAAGACAGAAUGAAAAGGCACCAGGUGAACCUGCCAGGAAGACGGAGAAGCGGAACGAUGAGCAGUCGAUCAGAGAUGCUCGCGCCCGGUACCUGGAGAGGAAGCAGCAAAGAAUACAAGGAUCCAGCAGUUCUUCUAAGGACUCCAGCUAGGCCUGUCAACCCUGCAGCCAUUGCCAUCAAUCUGAUUCCCAUUGGGAUCAUUCGCAUUUGGGACAAGAGUGUACAGGGUUGGUCCUAACCGGGAGGAAAAGUAGAGGAUCCAGGACCCACAAACAUUGGAAGAAUCACUUUAUCCCAGUAGGGGAAUAAAUACGAUCUGGUAUAUGAUGACAAUCAGUUAUUAUUGGGCACACUGACGAUAUAUCUGAAUAAAACUCCACAUUGGCGACAGGAAGGGCAUCCGGCCAUUAAAACACUCUGCUUGCUCCAUUCAGUUGCCCAGGCUCCACCCCGCAAGGGAUUAUGGGGUCGUUAAAAUGAAGAUGAUAUGAUGACAAUCAGUAGGAAUGAAGCUGUUAGUGGGAAUUUGUGAGAAUUUCUGCUUUCCUACUGAGGCCAUUGUCCCUUGCAGUUUCCAUUUUGAGGGAUCAGUGUUAUAUCUUACCCUCUAGGUUGGUCGCUAAGAGGCAGGUGAGGCUGUUUGGAUUGCAUUGGUCCCAAACU